AUGCAGCCGUUCGUCCGGAAGAGACAGAGCUCAGCUCUGCAUGCAGCAACUUUCAUGUGCAGCCGGUCCGUUGGUUCUGCAGAGAUGGAGAUGGUUCUGUCAAAACCUCGGUUUCACCUGGACCUCUGGCUCCGCUUCACCAUCCAGAACUGGAUCCUGGAUGUGGGGAGGCCUGUUGUCAUGCUCGUCCUCCCAGCAGACUGGUUUUCUCUGAAUCGUCCUGGUGCUGCAGAAUAUCUCCACAUACUGUACAACAUCACCACUCCGCUCACUCUGCUCAAAAUGCUCGAACUCAGCCCCAGGAAUCUGCCCCUCCCAGCUGUCCAUGUUGGCAUCAUCGUCGUCAUCAUGGCAACCAGCUUCCACCUGGUGGCUGACUCCAUCACCCGUCGGCUCCUGCUGAUUGGCUACGAGCUGCACCUGUCUGUCAGAGAGAAUCCAGUCAUGCAGAACCUCAAACCUACAUCCCUGAUUGAUGCCUUCGAGCUCCUGUUUUACUAUGACGACACUGUCGGUCAUCUGAUGUGGUACAUCCCUCUUUUCCUCAUCCUCUUGUUCUUCUUCAGUGGUUGUUUCUGCCACAGGAAACAGGAAGAGAAGAUGCCUUCAGCAGCGUGGAUGCUACUUGUUCCAAACGCCGCCUACUACUGGUACCUGAUCACUGAGGGGCAGACCUUCAUCCUCUUCAUCUUCACCUUCUUUGCAAUGACUGCCACAGUGAUGCACCAGAGGAGGCAGGGCAUGUCUCCGGACACUAACGGCCUCUUCAUGCUCUACAGUUUCUCGGCAGCUCUGUUCCUGGUGGCCGUCUGGGUGGCCUGUCUGUGGAACGAUGCCGUCCUGAGGAGGAAACACCCCGGGCUGAUCUACAUCCCACAGCCUCGUGCUGUCUACACCCUCCACCUCCGCCAGAGCACCCAGACAUAA